CUAUCGACCAUUCGCCAUGUUUACACCGUCGAAACUGCGAGAAGUUGUUUGGGGGAAGCCCGCAGCAACCAAGACAGAACGGAGGCUGUUGGUCAAGCUCGACAUUGCAAUCCUCUCUUUCUGCUGUCUGAUGUAUUGGGUCAACUAUCUUGAUCGCAUGAACUUGAACAAUGCAUACGUUAGUGGAAUGAAGCAAGACCUGAACUUUCAGGGCAACCAAUUAAACGUCAUCAACACGAUCUUCUACGGCGGCUAUGUGCUGGGACAGGUUCCGAACAACCUUGCACUUCAGAAGCUUGCACCGCGCAUCUACUUCCCAAGCUGCAUGAUUGCCUGGGGACUGCUGACCUUGGGGACUGGCUUCGUCCAUCACCCGUGGCAGAUCAUGGUCAUUCGGUUUUUCCAGGCCAUCUUCGAGUCGUCUACCUUUGUUGGCUGCCAUUAUAUUCUCGGAUGCUGGUACAAGGAGGACGAACUCGGCAAGAGGACUGCAAUCUUCACCAGUAGUGGCUUAGCCGGCACCAUGUUCUCGGGAUUCUUGCAAGGAGGAGUACAUAAGAAUCUGGACGGUGUUCGGGGUCUUCCCGGCUGGAGAUGGUUGUUCAUUAUAGACUUCUGCAUCACUGUGCCUGUUGCAAUCUACGGAUACUUCGCAUUCCCGGACACUCCAGCGUCAACGCGUGCUUGGUGGCUCAGCGAAGAGGAGAAAAAGCUCGCCGUUGACCGCCUUCCCGAGGUCGAGAAACAUCGGGGUGUACUUGGCUGGAACCUCAUCUCCCGCGUCCUGCGAACCUGGCAUUGGCUGGGUUUCGUCCUCCUCUGGGUAUUUGCCAGCAACACUGAGAUGUUCUCUACCAACGCAGUCAUGAACCUGUGGCUCUCCUCGACCGGCGACUACACUGUGGAGCAAGUAAACUACAUCCCGACCGCUGUGGCGGGUGUAGGAAUUGUUGCUACGCUCUUCCUUGGCUGGUAUUCGGACUUCACCAAGAAACAGUGGCACGUGGGGAUUUUCCUGUCCUUCACAGCCAUUAUCUCCGGUGCAAUCAUGCUGAACCCUCCUUCCACCGGAGCCAAGUUCUUUGCACUAUUCCUCAAUGGUUGCCAGUACGCUAGCCAGACUGUUCUUUUCGCCUGGGCCAACACAGUUACUCGGGACGAUGACGCCAAGCGGGGAAUAAUUCUUGGCGCCAUGAAUAUGUUUGCCAUUGCCGUCUACAUGUUCUGGUCACUUCUCUUCUAUAGUGCGACGCAGGCUCCGGACUGGAGAAAGGGCAGCAUCGCUAUGAUUUGCAUGGGAACAGCUUUCUUCAUCAUGACAAUUGGCGUCUGGUAUCUGCAGAAACGAGACCGAGAGAGGAUGGAACUCCACGAUGGCAUUCCUGAAUCCUCCAUCGUUGGCAAAGAUGAGAAGGGCGACAACGAUACUGAGCUUGGAACCAACUUUGCUAAGGAGUAGACCGGAGAUGUGGAACCGUAUUUUAUCGGCUCCAUACAAUGAUUGCUUGCACCCUGAAGGCCUUGUACCAGAAUAAUGACAAGUAGACUACUAAACCUUGGCG